UUAGCUACGAUCGGCACAUGUAUGUCAUGCAUGGCAACUAGGGCCGUUGCCCUCUCGGUUGCCCACUGGGAGCUGGAAUACUGGCUUGGCUUUGCGAGCUUGCCAUGCCGCCCAGAUCUACCGAUGAGUGUAUCUCCUGACAAAUGCUUCAGCUAA